AACUUGGAAGCAAAGGGCACCACGCCAGCAGUAGAAGGAACACACAGCACAUACGAAAGAGAGGACUGGGACUCAGAGCGAGCGAGCGAGCAGAGAAAAUGCUGUCGAGGAGGUUGGUUUCGUUCCUCAACAGGAGCUCCUCAGCGCCACACUUUUCCAGUUUGGCGGCGAAGACAGUGGACGAAGGGAAGAGCUCGUCUUUCGGGCGAAAGGCGGUGUCUUUUAUUCUGAUUACCACUACCGGCGGUGUUGCUUUAAGUGCUCUUAAUGAUCUUGUGAUUUAUCAAAGCUGCAGCAGCAAGGCCAUGGAGAAAGCCAGUAAGAACCCAGCAAUCAUAGAGGCUAUAGGGGAACCUAUUGCCAAGGGCCCAUGGUACAAUGCUUCGCUUGCAGUAGCUCAUAAGCGGCAUUCUGUAGCUUGCACAUUUCCUGUGUCUGGACCACGAGGCGCGGGAGUCUUGGAGGUGAAGGCUGUACGUAAAGGAGAUAACACCUGGCUUUCGUAUCUCAUCCCUCGCGAUUGGGACAUCCUAAUCAUGGAUGCCCUCGUCCAUAUUCCUGAAAACGAAGAGAAGCAGCGAACAGUGCGAAUUGGUAUUUCCGACAGUGCCCCCGGUCCUGCUUGUACGGCAUGCACUGGUUGUCCCACUCAAGUAUCGGCGAGUCCGAAGAACUGAAGUAAUAAACGCAUCAGUAUGCAAGAGCGUUUGCACUUCUAAAUCAUCCAUCUCAUACAAAACUUGGUACAGAAUUGUAAUAGCAUAGAGACUUGUCACCUGAGUAUUUUGUCCAGUUUUUAGUUUUUCAGUUUUUUGGGUGACUGGUGGGAAAGCUCAAAGCUUUCGGUUUAUAGUCUUGGGCCGGGUUUUAGAAAGUGGAGCGGUAGAGAAGAGUUGGGCUGUUGUUUCCUUGUAAAAGCCCAUAGACAUUUCCCUAGAUUUGUUUUUCCUCUUCUUUAAUAAGUAAUUUGGUGGAAUAAAAUGUUAAGUUUUAAGAAGGCAUACUUUUGCAA